UCACAGGUGUAGGACGGGGGUGGGCUGGCCGCAUUUACCAUGGCCGGGGCUGCGAAGGACGCCCCGGAGCGCCCGGCGGCGGAGGAGGAGGAAUACAGGCUCUCAGUUUGUGGCAAAUUAUGCUAUGCAAUAGGAGGUGCCCCAAAUCAAGUGGCAGGGAGCGCUGCUGCCUUCUUCCUACAGAUCUACCUGCUAGAUAUAGCCCAUAUUACACCGUUCCAUGCCUCUUUGGUGCUGUUCAUUGGCAAAGCCUCAGGAGCAGUUACUGAUCCUGUUGCUGGCUUUUUUAUUAGCAAAAGUAAAUGGACAAAAAUCGGCCGGCUCAUGCCUUGGAUGCUGGCAUGUACGCCGUUCACAGUAGUGUCCUAUUUUUUCAUGUGGUACCUGCCUCCUUUUGUAUCAGGGAGAGUUGCGUGGUACCUGACUUUCUACUGCCUUUUCCAAGCACUGACCACACUAUUCCAGGUACCAUAUACUGCUCUCACCAUGUUUCUCAGCACAGAUCAGAAGGAGCGAGAUUCUGCAACGGCAUACCGAAUGACCAUGGAAGUUCUUGGGACCUUGAUUGGAGCUGCACUUCAGGGCCAAAUUGUGGCCAGUGCUCAUCUCUCUCAUCACUGCACCAUGAAUCCCCCACUAAACACAACCAGUCCUACCGACUCCUGGCAUGACAGUCCCAGCUUUCCUGAGCCCUCGGACUCCCUGUCCCAUCAAGCAAAAGUAUAUAUGAUUGCAGCAGGGGUUAUAGGAGGUGUGUAUCUUCUGGGAAUUAUCAUUCUUUUUCUUGGAGUAAAGGAAAAAGAUGAUCCUUAUGCCUUGAAUUCAGACAGAGCAAUUCCUUUUUGCAAGGGGCUUGGGCUCACGAUGAAGCAUGGUCCAUAUGUGAAGCUUACAGCUUCAUUUCUUCUCAUCUCAACAGCAGUUCAGCUGGAGCAGAGCAACUUUGUCCUGUUCUGUACUCAUGCAGCGGAUCUUCGCAAUCACUUCCAGUAUUUGGUUGUGACCAUCUUGGUAUCAGCAGCUGUGAGCAUUCCCUUCUGGCAGAAGUUUCUGCAGCGAUUUGGCAAGAAGUGUGCAGCAUGUGGGAUUUCGUGGAUGAUUCCUUUUGCAGUCAUGCUAGUGACCAUUCCAAACCUGAUCCUGGCGUACUUUGUGGCCUUUGUCUCUGGUCUGAGCAUUGCAGCAUCUCUGCUGUUGCCAUGGUCAAUGCUGCCUGAUGUUGUUGAUAACUUCCGCCUGCAGAAUCCUCAUGGAAAAGGACAAGAAACCAUUUUCUAUUCUUCUUAUGUUUUCUUUACCAAGAUGUCAGCAGGAAUUGGCUUAGGAAUUUCUGCUGCCAGCCUGGAGUUUACUGGUUACAAGCCAGGGAUAUGCAGACAAUCCAAUGAUGUGAUCCUCACGCUGAAAAUCCUCAUCGGAGCAGUUCCUGCUGUCCUCAUCCUUGUAGGUUUAUUUAUACUUCUCUUCUACCCAAUCACUGAAGAAAGUCGGAAAGAAACAAAGCUUGCACUGGAAGUGCUAAGAAGGAGCCAUCAAAGCACAGAGAACCUGGAUGACCACAGAGAGGACACCUCGGUCUGAAAGCUCUGAAUACCAAGACUUUUUAAACUCAAUCUCAUGCCCUGUACAGAAACUCUCUGAGAGUUUUCUGCAUCAUUUCCAUGCAUUGGCAGAAAGGACAAAGAAUGAUAAAGAAUGACAGUCAGUAAUGAAAUCAAGGGAGGAACAUUACCAUGUAAAAAAUAAAUACAACUCCAUGCACUGUCCUAAAAGAGACAUUACAACCAUGCAGGAGUGCAAGCUAUUGAAGGUUUGCCUUUUUUGUUUGUUUUUCAAUGAUAACAUAAAGCUGUGAUUUUGUUGCAACAGGAGGGUCUAUGAACUUGUAGGCCAAGGGAAAAAAGCAUAAAUGUGGUAUACUGCCCGAAUAUACUUUGUGAUAUAUUUCAACCUCAGAGAUUGGGGUAAGUUUUUAAUUUCUACCUAUACGUUGCACGCUAGCGUGUUUAGAAAGCACUUUGGAAUCCUGAAGUAUGCUAUAAAAAUAUAGGAUUUAUUUUGUUUUGAAAUAAAGAUGCAGAGAUAUUUUGAAUAUUUUCUCACAAAGGGUUAUUCUGAAAGAGAUUUGAUGUAAUUUAACUUUAUAGAUUUUAUAUGAAACAGAACCUUGCAUUUCCCAUUAUUGGAGUUCCUUGCUUCACACACCUUUAUACUGCUCUUUGUCAGAGUGUGAGGACUUAAUUUCAAAAACAACAUCUUCACUCAAGGUACCUAAAAUCUGUAGUCUCUUCCAAAUAUUAGGUAGGCCAUUCAAAUUUCUGUAACUUUGGUCUUUAAGCGAUCAUGGUACCCACCUGUUUUUCAUGUGGGUUUUGUCAGCCUUACAAAACACCAUGGCAUUGCUGUUAAUCUCAGCUUGCACAGUGUUUUAUAAUAAUGAGGUUACACCUGACUUUGAAAUGGUGAUACUUUUCAGUCAGGGAUCUCACUGUGGCUUUAGAUACAUUAUCUAAAACCUCAUUCCCACUAUAGAUUCACAUUGCUGAACACAUUUUGUAGAUAAAAGAUACACCUCAGGCAUUUUCCGGGGCAGUUAAAUUCAGGUUUAGUCAUUCUGGGCUUCUUGUGGAGUCAGUGGAGAGACAGACACCUCCAGAGGCUGCUUCCACAAUCAGGCUUAAAUGACUGGACUCUGAAGACAGAUAUCUAAAUUUGGAGGGGAGUGUGAUGGAUCCAAGAGUUGAAGGCUUCUUCACGUGAAGAAAUUAGCACAGUGAAAAACAAGACAUAAAUUUACAGCCCACUGGCUUCACUGUACAAAUAUAUGGGAGGGUGCCUUAAUUUUGGAUGAGAAGUGCCUUUGAAGGAGUAGCCCACCACAUCUAGGAGCACCUGUGGCUACUCCUGUGGGUGUCACUGGAGGCAGUGACUAUAAGCAAUUUGCUCAGGGACAUCUGGGGAAGUGACUCAGUGCUGGGACUGGAAACUGGAAAAGCUUUUAGUGAAAGACACUGUAAAAUAAGAUCAGUGCAUCCACAGAGUGUCUCAUUAACACUGAAACCUUUUCAGGCAAGUUGGAAGUCUAAGGCUUAAUGAACUGUCCUAGUUCAGAAAAAUGCUUGAUAA